AUGGUAAUUAUUCAGAAUUUUUCUCAAUGAAUACGAUUUUCUUAAGAAUUUUAUACUAGGAAAAAAAAAGGAAAUAUAUUUAAAAUUCAUGAAAAAAAAAAAAAGGGUGCGGGUGUCAGGAUGACAUCAGCGCCCAGCGAAUGCGAAUAAGGCAGAAACAGAGUUUCGCCCGGCGAUUCUUACGUAAGUGAUUACAGACGACUUAAUUAAUCAAAUUAAAAUUUGUAAAAGCCAGAAGAAUCGUAAUUUAACGAAGUAUAGUUUGGUAAGUUAAAAUCACACAAAGUAUCACUAAAUGAAGUGUAAAUUAAAUUGAAAGCAGGAAAAUAGAGUUCCGGCGUCGCAACGGCAAUGCGUCGGCGAUGCACCGGAAUCUUGAGCAUUUGGGAGGAUCGUCGUGCAGUGUCCACGGCCUCGAAGGCUCUCCUUGGACAAAGACAACGUGGGCAAUCUCUAGAUCUUCUCGCAAAGUCUAGAGAUCAAUGAAGUGGGUCGUCAAAUCGUCUCCGGCGGUUGUCACCCGGCGGAGCGGAAAAACAGCGACUUUGCGGCUCUCCGGCGGCUGUCACCCGACGGAGAGGAGCUGGAUGGAGGUGCGGCGCAUGUUAGGGAGCUUCAUCCUCAGGUCUGCGCAGCAAGAGGAGGCUCUUCAUCGCAUCUGGUACGCUCUCAGGAGGUGGCGACUGGUCUCCCGGCAGAUCGUCCUGUUCCCGACGACGGCUUGUUCGUCGAUCAAUCGGAGAUGA